AUGUUCUCGUUUGGACUGGACGGAGAUUAUUUUUGGACAUCAGGGAUUGAAACAGGGAGCGAGGGGCAAUUUGGUUUCCUGGCAGUCCAGAAGCCCUUAGGAAAAAAUGCUCGCUGGGAACCAGGUCAGCCGGACAACGCGGGCGGCAUCGAGAACGCUGUUGCAGUUUAUGUAAAUGCCUCUUCUGCACGUUUGUAUGAUUUUCACGAGAAGAAGAUUUUGAGAUACAUAUGCGAGGGUUCUGAUGCAACAACAAAUAACACAGCCGGAACAACUGCCAGCAAUGAAUGCGCCUUUACUUACAACGUUAGCCAAAUUGAGAUUGACCAACUUUUAAACAACACCUACAAACUAGAUAUUCGAUUGAAGUGCUUUUUGCGGUGCAUGGGAGAACAAGCAGGAUUGAUGGUUAACGGGGUGUACAUUGACAGUCAAGUUUUAGCAAUUCUGGAGACUAUGGCUCAGGGAAAUAUUAGUGAAUUAUCACAGAAUGUGGCAGUUGCCACUGAAUGCGGAAUAACACCAGAGGGCAUGGACGAAUGCGAUGUAGCUGCAGAAAUUAUAAGAUGCAGCUACGACAAAUCCCCCGAUGUUGUGAGAGGAGUGAUCUCAGCCGUCGAUCGAUCGCUGCCCCGGCCGCCUACCAUUGAUUUUGUUUCUAUGCAAGGCCAAUGCCCAAGUACUGCAACAUGCGUAUUAAAUGUGCGUUCUUAA